AUGUACACGCGCGCCGUGGCUCUGGCUCUCGCAGCCGUCGCGGCAGUUUCUGCCCUCGCACAAUCCAGCGAUCCAGUCGAAAACGGUCCCAUCUCAGGCCCUUACCUCCCAACCGGCACCGGCCCAGGCAAAUGCACUCAAGACUUCCGCCGUCGCGGUGCAGAACAAGUCAUCUUCGCAUACAACCUGGUCGGCCCGGGUCAAUCCGCCGAAGCUUUCCAGCGCUUGCCUCUGCGAGACGACUGCAACACGUUCAUCAACCCCAACGGUGGUCCAGCUGUCCCCGUCGCCAUCGACCGCACCACCACUUACGACUUCGCCCUCGCCACACGACAAGUCUUCUCGCGUGUAACGGGCGAAUACACCAGCUUUUACAACGGCACCGCCGAUACUUCCGGGACGGAGAUCAUCCACACGAACGUCACGCUUGGCGCUGGACAUCUUGUUGCUAUUCCGGUGACUUUCUACGCGGAUGUGUAUCUCAGCUAUGAUGAGGAUUGCUUGAUUUAUAAGAUUCAGGCUUUUGCCACUAUCCCGACGGAUAUUGUAAGUUUUCCCCCUGAUUUUUUCUUUCCCCCCCUCUCCCCCCAAAUGGGAGAUGGGAUUUGCUGAUUGCUUUUCACUAGGCUGGUAUUCCGAUCGAGCCGCCUAUUCUGCCGCAGCUGCUGGCUCUUUCGGAUUUAUACAAGGGCGGUGAGGUUCCUCAGAAGCGCGGUGAGCUGGAAGGGAUGCCUCUCGAGGCGUGAGAGUUUGGGCUGGGGAUGUUUGGGCUGCUCGGUUUGUGUUCUUGGGUCUAGAUAGAUAGAGGAUGUAGAAUUGCAAUUGGUGAAGGGCGCUGUUCGACAUUGACUCUUGUUAUUCUGUUAGGCGAGACACAGCCUGCCGAAGGAAGGUAUCAGCUAGAACGGGAUUCUGACUUUGGAUGCUCUGUUUCUCGCAGCUGGGCAAAUUGCUCGUAAUGCACGGCGGGGAAGGGACUUGCAGAGGAUACUUCCAUACCGGAAACACUGCUUGUGAGUGUGAUCCAAGUCCGUUGGACUGUUCUGACAUCCUGCAGAUCGAGACAGCGAGAACAAACUAUGGUAGAUCGCCGACCGCAAAAAGGACCUGAUCAAGGUCCACGGCUUUCAAGUCGCACCCGCGGAGCUCGAAGGUGUUCUCCUGGAUCAUUCAAAGAUUCAAGACGCGGGCGUGAUUGGAGUGCCGGCUACCAGCGUAGCAAGCGAUGCCGGCAGAGGAAGCGGAGAGCUGCCACGAGCAAAUCUGGUGAAGAAGCCUGGUGUUGAGUUGACAGACUCCGAAGUUAAGAGCUACGUAGCAGAGAGAUUGGCGAAGUACGAGCAUAUUGUUGGCGGCAUUGUGUUCAUUGGUGCACUGCCAAAGUCAGCCAGCGGCAAGGUUUUGAAGCGGUUGUGGAGGGAGCAGGCUGAGGUGGAAUUGAAAGCCCAGGCUAAGCUGUGGUCUCGUAGAUUUAGUCAGUGGCAGUGA